CGACUUCUCCAAACCUCACCCAAAUCCCCACUUGAUUUUCAGAUCUCGUACUCAGUACUCAGUAAUGGCAAAAGAACCAGUUCGCGUUCUAGUCACCGGCGCCGCCGGACAAAUCGGAUAUGCUCUAGUUCCCAUGAUUGCAAGGGGAGUUAUGUUGGGAGCUGACCAGCCAGUGAUCCUCCACAUGCUCGAUAUUCCACCAGCUGCCGAGGCACUUAACGGUGUUAAAAUGGAAUUGGUGGAUGCAGCAUUUCCUCUUCUUAAAGGUGUUGUAGCUACAACCGAUGUCGUUGAAGCUUGCACUGGUGUCAAUGUUGCUGUUAUGGUUGGUGGUUUUCCGAGGAAAGAGGGUAUGGAGAGAAAAGAUGUCAUGUCGAAGAAUGUUUCGAUAUACAAGUCUCAAGCUUCUGCUCUCGAGAAACACGCUGCAGCUAACUGCAAGGUUUUGGUUGUUGCUAAUCCAGCCAACACCAAUGCAUUGAUUCUGAAAGAAUUCGCGCCAUCAAUCCCGGAGAAAAACAUCUCUUGUUUGACUAGAUUGGACCACAAUAGGGCUCUUGGACAAGUCUCGGAGAGAUUGAAUGUUCAAGUUUCGGAUGUUAAAAAUGUGAUUAUAUGGGGAAAUCACUCGUCAACGCAGUACCCUGAUGUCAACCAUGCAUCAGUCAAAACUUCAGCCGGAGAGAAGCCCGUACGCGAGCUCGUCUCUGAUGAUGCAUGGUUGAACGGCGAGUUCAUAACUACCGUCCAGCAGCGUGGUGCUGCUAUAAUCAAGGCUAGAAAGUUCUCUAGUGCACUUUCUGCUGCUAGUUCUGCAUGUGAUCAUAUUCGUGACUGGGUUUUAGGAACUCCCGAGGGUACUUGGGUUUCCAUGGGUGUAUAUUCUGAUGGCUCGUACGAUGUCCCGUCCGGGCUCAUUUAUUCGUUUCCCGUUACUUGCAAGAACGGAGAAUGGUCUAUCGUACAAGGUCUUCCAAUUGACGAGCUUUCGAGGAAGAAGUUGGAUCUGACUGCCCAAGAGCUCAGUGAGGAGAAAGCUCUUGCGUAUUCCUGCCUUUCUUGAUUUUCUUUCAUCGGCAAAUAUGCAUUUUUCCCGUGUGUGGCGAUAGAUUUAAUUGCGAAUUUCAAUGAUGCCAAUGUUAAUUAUUGUUCAAUGACCGAUGAACUUUGCUUGGAACUGUAAUAUCUUUGAUUUUUACAACACUUGCUAAUCAUGUAUGUGGUGAGAUUGUCUGUACCACUUCAAUAAUAAAAUUUGUAGUUCUACUCUUCUA